UCGCUAACCGCGCCGUAGCCUUGUUUUUGGGUAGCAGUGCCCCGGCCAUGGCGACAGGUUCUGCAACGCAACCUGGUUUGAUUGAAACCAUCGCUUUGAGUUUGAAACCAAUUCUGGUCCUGGAGUCCUCGCCUUGGAUUUGCUGAGCACCUUCUGUUCCCGAGAUUUCUCUCAGCCAUGUAUUUCUCCAGAAAGUGCUUUGCAGAUUGGCAUCGUUCUCGUUUCGGCGCGCAGGUUGCCCGCAUUGAAAGACAACUUGCACGAUCACCUGAAAAUGUGGAAGUUCGCAGUCGUUUACUCCUGGCCUAUUCCAAAGAGCUUGCAAGAUGCAACAGAACAACCUUGAAAGGUACAGCUCCAUUGGCUCCAUGUUCUGAUUUCCUGGAACUGGUACAUCUACAUGGGAUGGAGUUUUUGAAGGCGAGUCUCGAGGCUUCGACAGCCAAGAGGAUUCAAUCCGUCAUGGACACCUUGUUGGACCUGAAGGAUUUCCAGCUGUAUCCACUGAUCGCCCGCUUUGCCGUGACUUUGGCCCGCCACGAAGAAUCUUUGUCGGAAUUUGAUUGGAAAGGGGAACUCCAAGAACGUGCAACGAUGUUCCACUAUGAAACCGCCUUGCAACUGCUAAAAUCUGUGAAGUGCCUUGAGGAGGCUCAAGAGGUUUUUGAUGAGGCGGUUUCAUUGGAACGUGGUGGCCAAAGAAUGAUCGCAUGGACGAAGUUGUGGCAGACGCCAUCGGUAUACGUCCGAGGCUUGCGGCCAGUGUCGGCCUGGUGGGAGGCAACGGAUUUACCACUUGCAGAGGUUUUGGAAGAGAAUAUGUCAGCCAUUCGCUCCGAAUUGCAGGGGCUUUUAGAGAAGGGUGGUCAGAUGAUAGUGGAUCCGGCUUAUCCACGACUGACUUCGAUGGGGGAUUGGGAUGUGAUUCGUUUGUAUUACAACAAGCACUGGGACCCCACUGCUGUAGCGUUGGCGCCCAAGACUACGGAACUCUUGCGCGACAAACUGCCGGGAGCUUCCAAUGGUUUGCCGUACAUCCACUACAACACCGAAGAGGUGUGCUUCUUCCGAAUGACACCUGGCACCCGCGUCAUGAUGCAUAGCGGUGGUUGCAACGCCCGCUUAAACCUCAGCCUCGGCCUCUUGGGUUGCAGCGACUCCUUCAUUGAAGUUGCAGGGGAAGAGCGGCGCUGGAGGAAUGGAGAAAUGUUGGCCUUUGAUGACUCCUGCGAUCAUUCUGCACGACACGAUGGUGAGGAGGACCGUUGGGUGUUGACCGUUGGAGUAAUGCAUCCGGAUUUGGUCGAGCGCCCCGAGAUCUUCAGAGAUGUGGGACAGUGGCGCAGCGAAUACGAAUCCUUCGGACCGGAAGUUUGGGAGAAAAAACAUGCC